UUAGGUUCUCUGCGUGGUUUGUGUCAUGCGGAGGUAGGCCUCUGAGAGCAAGGCGGGAGGUGUGGAAGCGAGAAUCUGCGUCCGGACUCUAGAGUCUGGGAUUGGCGGGAAGACAAGACAAAAAGGAGCCAGGAACUUGAAAACGACCUAUCCGCUGUUUCCGAGGGGGCAACUUCUACGAGGAACCCCCUCCUUCCCUGGUAACGGCCAGAAAGGAGGAGAUGGCGCCAGUCAGGGAGAGGCUGUGGCCGAGACAGUGAGGACGCUUGAAGGCAGAGCAAGCAGAAGCCUUGGGAGGAGUAUCGCACUCAUCGCUGUCAUCGCCGACGCUUCCACCACCAUGGAAGGAGCCAAGCCAACCUUGCAGCUCGUGUACCAGGCGGUGCAGGCGCUGUACCACGACCCCGAUCCCAGCGGAAAGGAGCGCGCCUCGUUUUGGCUUGGGGAGCUGCAGCGUUCGGUUCAUGCCUGGGAGAUUUCUGAUCAAUUGUUACAGAUCCGACAGGAUGUGGAAUCAUGCUAUUUUGCUGCCCAGACCAUGAAAAUGAAGAUUCAGACCUCAUUUUAUGAGCUCCCCACAGACUCUCAUGCUUCUUUAAGGGACUCAUUGCUAACUCAUAUUCAGAACUUGAAAGACUUGUCACCUGUCAUUGUAACACAGCUGGCUUUAGCAAUAGCAGUCGCCCUACAGAUGCCUUCGUGGAAGGGAUGUGUACAAACAUUGGUAGAAAAAUAUAGCAAUGAUGUAACUUCUUUGCCUUUUUUGCUGGAAAUCCUUACAGUGUUACCUGAAGAAGUGCAUAGUCGUUCCUUGCGGAUUGGAGCCAAUAGGCGCACAGAAAUUAUAGAAGACUUAGCCUUCUACUCUAGUACAGUCGUGUCUUUAUUGAUGACAUGUGUAGAAAAAGCAGGAACUGACGAGAAGAUGCUUAUGAAGGUCUUCCGAUGUUUGGGAAGUUGGUUUAACUUGGGAGUUUUGGACAGUAACUUCAUGGCUAAUAAUAAGUUAUUAGCACUCCUUUUUGAGGUCUUGCAACAAGAUAAGACCUCAUCUAACUUACACGAAGCUGCUUCAGACUGUGUGUGCUCAGCUCUCUAUGCUAUUGAAAAUGUAGAGACUAACUUGCCAUUGGCCAUGCAGCUUUUUCAGGGAGUCUUGACAUUGGAGACUGCCUAUCAUAUGGCUGUGGCACGGGAAGAUUUGGACAAAGUUCUGAAUUACUGCCGCAUCUUCACCGAACUAUGUGAAACUUUCCUGGAAAAAAUUGUCUGUACUCCAGGCCAAGGUCUGGGAGAUCUUCGAACUUUGGAAUUGCUUCUUAUCUGUGCAGGCCACCCUCAGUAUGAGGUAGUAGAAAUUUCCUUUAACUUUUGGUACCGACUAGGAGAACAUUUAUACAAAACCAAUGAUGAAGUUAUUCACAGCAUUUUCAAAGCGUACAUUCAGAGGCUACUCCAUGCCUUGGCUCGACACUGCCAGUUGGAACCAGACCAUGAGGGAGUUCCUGAAGAGACCGAUGACUUUGGGGAGUUUCGAAUGAGAGUGUCAGACCUGGUGAAGGAUUUGAUUUUCUUGAUUGGAUCUAUGGAAUGUUUUGCUCAGUUGUAUUCUACUCUGAAAGAAGGCAACCCACCCUGGGAGGUGACAGAAGCGGUUCUCUUUAUCAUGGCUGCUAUAGCAAAGAGUGUUGAUCCGGAGAACAAUCCCACACUUGUGGAGGUACUAGAGGGAGUUGUCCAUCUCCCAGAGACUGUGCACACGGCUGUGCGGUACACCAGCAUUGAGCUGGUUGGGGAGAUGAGCGAAGUAGUGGACCGGAACCCUCAGUUCCUGGACCCUGUAUUGGGAUAUUUGAUGAAAGGCCUGUGUGAAAAGCCUCUGGCCUCUGCUGCAGCCAAAGCCAUUCAUAACAUUUGUUCCGUUUGUCGGGAUCAUAUGGCUCAGCACUUUAAUGGACUCCUAGAAAUUGCCCACUCCCUUGAUUCUUUCAUGUUGUCUCCCGAAGCUGCUGUGGGUUUGCUCAAAGGAACAGCUCUUGUUCUAGCAAGACUACCUUUGGAUAAGAUUACUGAAUGUCUUAGUGAGUUAUGUUCUGUUCAGGUUAUGGCGUUGAAAAAGCUGUUGUCUCAGGAGCCCAGCAAUGGCAUUUCUUCAGAUCCCACUGUCUUCUUAGAUCGCCUGGCAGUGAUAUUUAGACACACCAAUCCUAUUGUAGAAAAUGGACAGACUCAUCCAUGCCAAAAAGUCAUCCAGGAAAUCUGGCCAGUUUUGUCUGAGACUCUAAAUAAGCACCGAGCUGACAAUCGGAUUGUGGAGCGUUGUUGUCGAUGCUUGCGCUUUGCAGUUCGCUGUGUAGGCAAAGGAUCUGCAGCUUUGCUACAGCCACUAGUCACACAGAUGGUGAAUGUGUACCAUGUACAUCAGCAUUCCUGCUUCCUGUACCUCGGCAGUAUCCUUGUGGAUGAGUACGGCAUGGAAGAAGGCUGUCGGCAGGGGUUAUUAGACAUGCUCCAGGCGCUGUGCAUUCCCACCUUUCAGCUCCUGGAGCAGCAGAACGGCCUCCAAAACCACCCCGACACUGUAGAUGACCUGUUCAGGUUAGCCACCCGAUUUAUUCAGCGAAGCCCUGUCACCUUGCUGAGGAGCCAGGUUGUCAUCCCAAUCUUACAGUGGGCCAUUGCAUCUACCACCUUGGACCACCGAGACGCCAAUUCCAGUGUCAUGAGAUUCCUACGAGACCUCAUCCACACAGGAGUAGCAAAUGAUCAUGAAGAAGAUUUUGAAUUGCGGAAGGAACUAAUUGGACAGGUGAUGAACCAGCUUGGCCAGCAGCUUGUGAGCCAGUUACUCCACACAUGCUGCUUCUGUCUUCCCCCUUACACCCUACCAGAUGUAGCUGAAGUGCUCUGGGAGAUCAUGCAGGUUGACAGACCGACUUUCUGUCGGUGGCUAGAGAAUUCCUUGAAAGGUUUGCCAAAAGAGACAACAGUGGGAGCUGUCACAGUGACACAUAAACAACUUACAGAUUUCCACAAGCAAGUCACUAGUGCUGAGGAAUGUAAGCAAGUUUGCUGGGCCUUGAGAGACUUCACCAGGUUGUUUCGAUAGCUCAAGCUCACACUCCUGCACUGUACCUGUCAUCCAGGAAUGUCUUUUUUAUUAGAAGACAGAAAGAAAACAACCCAGACUGUGUCCCACAAUCAGAAACCUCCGUUGUGGCAGAGGGGCCUUCACUGCCACCAG